ACAAACACACAUUCACUCAGAGAACACAGAAGCUGUUUCUCUCUUCCUCUGCUCCAUUUUCCAACCCAGCUGAAGCGUCUUCUAUAAGACCUGGACUUUUCAAUAUCUUGCUUGGGAACGUCUGUAGCUGACAAGUUGUUGGAAAGCAAAUAUGUCUCUGCCAUUGUCCUUCCUGAUAUGUCUGUCAGUCUUCAACCUGUGUUUGGGAACUGGGCCUGUGGAGGAAGUCAUUAAAGUCAAAAAAGUGCAUCUUUUAGGGGGUUGGUCUGAAAGAAGUCUUGAGUCAAAAGAUGUUCAGAGGGCGGCUCAAUAUGCUGUGGAGAUGUACAACAAAGAUUCACAGGACAAGGAGUUGUUCAAGCUGGUCUCAGUUACCAGUGCUAAAUCCCAGGUAACCAAUAUGAUCAACUUUAAAAUUGACGCAAUCCUUGGAAGAACCAAAUGUCUUAAGACGCAAAACCUUGACAUUAAAAGCUGCGAUUUGGACAAAGAGCAAGUAAAGUGUCAGUUUUUUGUGACUUUGAACCCCCACAACGACAAACAUGAGCUGAACACCAAAACAUGCAACAAAGUUACAUAGAAGGGUUAAUACUUUUUUACAAUGUCAAGAUAACCAAAGAUCAUCCCAUUAUUUCCAUGCUGGAGAUUUUAGGUUAUCAGUAACAAUACAUGAAGUUACCUUUAAAAUGAAUUACACAAAGUAGCAUCUAAACCCAAAAGUAAAAUCAAACUUCAAUAAAAUCAGUGAGGUUGUGUGUUUGUUUUGUCUCAUGCAAGCUUUACUUUUAACCUAUUUCCUUUUGUAUUUAAUCAUUAGAAAUCAUAGUCAGGCAGAGAGAGAGAGAGAGAGAGAGAGGUGCAAAGCCAUGAAACAGGAACAGCAGGCUUCAUGAUAAAAGGAAGUAAAUUUCCAGCCGGCGGAUUUAUAGAAAUAUUUGAGACUAUUCCUUAUUUCAAUACAAGAAAGUUUUAAAUAAGAAAUUCUUAUCAAAAUUAGUAAUUGAAUAAGACCCAAAGCAAAAUACUUAUAUUGAUAAUGUUUUCUCUUGUAAGAAUGAACAACUGUAACUUUGGUUUCAAACAAUAAGAAUAAUGGAUGAUUCCUGGUUUCUUUUCAUAAGAACACCUAUAAUUACUCACAAUAUGAUUAUAAGAGUAACUAAUCAGGCAUGAUUAUCAUAAUAUUAUAAAUUACUGCUAAAUCUAAAGCUAAAGAGGUUAUAGAUGUGAUUUUGAUACUGAACUUGAAAUGAUGUAAAAUAUGUAGCUGCAAUCAGAGAUCACUGAUGUUGUUUUGGAGGUAGAUAGUAGGUGAAGGAUUAGAGGAAAGAGGAACUAGAAGGAGAGCAGAGAUGACCAACACCUCAGAGUUUGAUGAUUUGGAAACAGAUUGUUGCAACUCAAACUGUUAGAAGAAAAAGACUGUGCAGGUAUAGAGUUUAGGGAGACAUUUGAGCAACACCAGGACAUGAACACAGAGAUCAGGUCAUAAUGUCUCUAAGACAAUGAUGGACACGAGGUCAUCUAUUCAAACAGACGGCCAAUAAUACAAGCAUGACAACAGUGACAGCUAAUGCAAGUGUAUCUGUAGGGUGGAGAAACCCUAUAAAAGGUGAAAGCAAAAGAGGAACCUUUGGUUGGAUCCUCCAGGCAGAUUUUAGCCAAAAUUGAGAUGGACAAAGAACUCUGCAGCUGAAGAAGAUCCUGAACCAGAGAUAGUCGAAGAAUGUCCUGUGCACGGGGACCAACCGAUCAGCCUCAAAUUGCACUCCUCUCAUUAUCUAAAUUCAGACCCCAACGAUAAAGGCAACGAACAAAGGUGAAGAAGAGGAACUGGGGCCUUCUUUCCGUGCGUUCAGCUCGCCUACAUCUCAGCGUACCAGAAAGAUCUUGAAACAAGAUGAAGGGGCUUCAGAUUUGCAAGACAAGAAGCUGAGGAUCGCAACACGCAUGAGGAAAUCACUCUAAGAUCCAAGACCUGCAGCUCUACAUCAGUACUCUUCCUGGCAGCACUUAAGGCCUGUGUGACCUCACAUCCAUGCAGAGACACCUGCCCUGAUCAAUCAGCGUUGUAAGUCUCCUCCUGCUGGAACACGUUCUUCAUCGUCAGGCUGGUUCUGGAGUUCGAAAUUCCAUACACCGUCCAUCUCUCAAAGGUUCUCUAUUUAGUUCUCAGUGUCAGCAUUAGGGAAAGAUAGGAUAGAUAGGUUGAUUGAUUUUUCUGAUUUGAUUAUUUCUGCUAUUGCAUUAAGCUGUACUGUCCUUCGCAAAAUUGUCUUACUAAUAAAUAUUCAGCAUAAAGAAAAAUCUAAAA